GCAAGCGUGGAAUUUGGGGACAGGCGGUAAAAGCGUCCUCGAAGCGCGUGGGAUGCAUGCGUUUUAAGACGGAAGUGAACCUUUGCAGUCCUUAUCAUUCAUGCGAAGUGUCGACGGUGAGCCUGCCUUCUACCCUACGGUCAGACUCCGCCUGCGGCAAUACUGGCGGGUUAUUCACGUCUUUCGGGUAUUCUAGGCGGGAAAGGACAUUUAUCAAAGGAAAUGCCAGAAUAAGGCUGCGUGUGGAGCCUUGUCAGCGAACAGGAAAGAAAUCGAAAGCUAAACGGGUUUUAAGUUUGCGAAACGAGCAGCUUGUCGGACUGCGCUGACUGGUGUGUCUCGAGCUGUCGAGUUUUUUGCGCUGUCUUCGUUUUCAAUCGACCUUCGCUUUCUGUGUCUUCCGGUCCCGUAUUUCGUCUGUGUUUCGUGUGUCCUGUUUUCUCUGCAAAGAAUACGGAACCUGGGAACUCGGGAAACGAUUCAAUGGAUGCGCAUGCCGACAUCCGCAGGCGUCUCACGGUGGUCCGUGUCAAUCGCGAGCCGCGAGGUCAGCUCAGCGAGAUCGCGAAACGUGUCGCACGCUUCCUUGGCUUGACUGUUACUUCUUCUUUUGCCUGAGCAGAGAGCGGGUACGUCCCUUUCCUGCAGUCUUAGAGACUGGUUUUCGGCCGCCGCAGUUGCGAAGACAAGCGCUAGACGACCCCGAAAAUCCUGCUGCGCUUGGGAGGGGCGGUGGUCUAGCAGCGAACGGCCUUCGAAGAGUUUGGUAGAGGGGGACAACUGGCUUACGUUUUUCUGGCAUUUUCAGGGAUAGGGUCGUCGCGGCAGAAAUUCCGACAAGACCUCCACGGUGCCCCCGCGAUGAGGCAGCCGUGCUGUCUCGAAUCGUUCUGGACCGCGCACUGCAGAGGUCGUUCCCUUUUUUUUGUUUCUUCCGGGGGAAGACAGAAAAACUAGAUUUUGCAUCGUGCCUCUGCUCAGACCUAUGUGGAAUCAACCGGAGAGCGAUUCCCAGUUUGCCUCAGUCACCGCCGCUCGUACAGACUCUCCUGGAAUACGACGCCGAGACACCGGUUUUGAAGAAGUGUUCAAAAGCAGCAGUAUCCCUCCGUUUCACCAAGUUUCAGUGUGCUCUGGUGUAGGCGUACGUACACCUCGUAAGAAAAAUGCUUCUGAAAAGCUGUAUCGGCGAGUUUCCAUCUACUCGAGUCCUCGAAUGGUGUAUCGUACACUUUUCGUUCUGGAUUUACCUUCGUCUUUUUUCCCUCCUUUUUGCAUCCCUCGACUUCGGCCUUGUUCGUCUUUUCUGUUGUACGGUUUCCAUACGCGAUCAGCACACCUGACUUACUUUCUCUGCGUUCCUCACCGUCCUCUUGCACUUGUGUGUGUGAGAGCAACUGUCGCGAAUGAGACACCCAAAGCGGACUCCCGCCCGUGGGUGCGCGGGGCGUGGAGGGUCCGAGGAAGCAAGUCGUUCUGCGAACUGUUUUUUUUUCUGCUCACUCCAUCACAGCGUUUUUCCUUCUUUGUUCUCUUCUGCCUCUCUGCAUCCCGCUCCCUCCCCUCCCCUAUCCUCCCGUUCCUCCCCAUCUGCGCGUAGUCCGUCGCGUUCACUCCUUCCUCUUCUGUCUCUUCUGCAGUCACGAACAGCUGUCUUGCGUUGCGUCCUUCUCCUCGUCUCCCUUGUUCUUUCCUCGCCGGAUGCGCCGAGUUUGACGCUCUCCCUCUCCGGCUUGGCGCGCGAAGCGCAAGAGCCAGUCGCCCACGACGUGUUUCGGUCGCCGUUUUCCCCAGAAAAACAGACAAGUGUACAGCCAAUUCAGACCCUUUCGCCAGAGAAAGCAACAGAAACCAGUGCCUCGAGCGUCUGGACCAGCGACGGAGGUGGGAGGCUCCCGAGUCUCUCUGCCGGGGGCAGCGGGGCGCGAGCUACCGAGAGAGGAGUGGUGCGAAAGGACGCGCUGGCGAAGGAGAAGAUUUUCCAGCGUCUUCAGCGCAAGGGAGAAGAUGCACGGGGACGGCAGGAGGACAGCUCACUUCCACCUCGUGGAAAAACGCGGGAAGUGGGAGUGGAGGAGGCGACAAAAUCUGCUGCGCCUAAGUUGUCUCCCAGGAGGUCCAAGUGGCCGGCGACAGAGAAGGAGGAAGAGGAGACUCUGAGAGGCAGGGAGACGAGAGAAGAACAGGAGAAGAAAGGCGGAGAGAGGAGCUUCACAGGGAGAAAGGAGACGUCCAGUUUCCCUGUGUCUGCAGGACAGGAAACAACAACUGCCCCGGGGUGGAGACAUGAGCAUUCCCGGAAUGAGUCCGAGAAGCGUGUGUCGGAGACACACUGGGAAGCCAACCCCGAUCACACUUCUUUGCCGCUUCUUUAUCGAAGUGAAUUUCCAGGCGCAAAGGAUGACAGGGAAAGGCAGUCUUCCUUCGAUCUUGUCGCGCAGGGCGUGGUAGACAGGUCACCUUCCGUGCGAGAAAGGUCCGGAGAGGACGCGAGUGGAGAGAGUGAACAGCUUCGGCAUUCAUCUGAGAGGCCGAAGCAGUCCCUUCCAAGUAGGGUGUCUUCUUUGACCACUGAAGAAGCCGGAAAGGAAUCUCUACGCGGGGAAAGAAUGCCAGUUCUGGCUGCAAAGACAGCUGCAGCAACUCUUCCUCCUGGCGCCUCUCUCGAAACUGCCGACUCUCUGUCUCCACAAACGUUCCCGAGUCUUCCUGAUCUGCCUGCGUCUUCUUCUGAGCCUUCUUUCCGGCCAGCCUCUUUCUUGCCAGACCCGGACGACCUGAGUCUUCCUCCGACGAUCUGUUUCUUCGUGGGGAUAAUCGUCAGCCUGGUAGGAACGCUUCUCUCUGCCCUCGGCGAUGUGUGUAUCCGCUAUUCUUUCGUGAGGAACACUCCCGGUGCGUUCGGCGCUGCGAACGCGGAUCAAAGGCGGACUGCAGGAACUCCUUGGGCCGAGGCAGAGUCUUUGACAGUUCUUCCGCUACCUCCAACCUGUGAUAUCUUGACAGAUCCCUCGUCUUCUCCCCCGUCUCUUACGUGUUCUCCGCCUCCUUCAUUUUCGUCAACCGUGCCUGUGUCUUCGUUUCCCUCGAGAGUCUCGAGUUCAUCGUCGAGACGAGAGCGCAACCGGGAAGGCGGGUGUCCUUCUGAGGCGUUUCUUCCAGGCUCUCCUUCAGGCGUCCAGACUGCGUUCGAUGGCGGGGCAGAGUUUCGUUCCCCGCGCAUGUGCCGGUCUCCAGGGAGCUUUUCGGAGUCACGGCGACGCAGCGCAGUUGCGAGUUUCUCCUUUCCCGCAUGGGAAGCCGCUCCGGAAGACCCUCCCGCGAGCCUUGCGGGCGAUGAUGUUGCCGCGUGCUCAGUCUGGCCUGCCGGCUGGGAUCCACUGUGGGCAUUUGGCAUUUUCUGCAGCUGCGUGGUUUCUCCUCUUCUCUCCAUCGUCUCUCUCUCGCUUCUUCCUGCCAACAUCACUGGAUUCGGUGCCCUCCAAAUCUUGUUUGUCGUGCUGCUGGCGAGAUUCGUGCUCGGGGAAGUCGUCGACAAAGUCAACUUAACAGGUGGCGUUUUCGUAGUCAGUGGUCUCGUCACGAUCACGCUGUGCGCUGCCUCGGAACCUCCUCUUCCGGACACGGCAACUUUGUCGAGGCAGCUCCGAACACCUGCAGCCAUCGUCUACGAGAUCUUUUGCUUAAUAGUUGUUACUGCAGGCAUUGCGCUUCUUCUGUUCUACCCCAUGCAACGCCGUUCAGAGCAGGCCGCCGCGGAAGCUGCUGCAGAAUGUUUGUCGGUCACCGCCGCGUCCCGCCUGCUGGAGGAAGAGAGAGAGGAGCGUCUCGAUUCACUGCCGAGAUCCUCGGGCUCUCACUCGCAGGCACGAGAAGUGGAUUCGGCGCUGUGGUCCCAAGGCGUACGUACACUGCACAUGCAGGGCGCACGACAGAGCCAGCGGUUUGGUCCGUCUGCCCACACAUUCGAGGGGGAGGGUGGCUGCCCUGAUAACGAGCUGUCGGACAACAGCGUUGCAGCUGUGGAUGAGCAGGCAGAUUUUAGCGCUCUCGGAGACGGGGGAGAGGAAGAGAACACACAACUUUGCAGCAGUCCCUCAGAGAGCGAGCACGAAGAUUCACCCGCGUGUGUCUGUCGCUCUCUAUCCGUCUGGCACCACGUGCUCCUCCCUGCCACGGGGGGAGUCCUCGGAGCUGUCGCAAGCAUUUCUAUUAAGCUGAUUCAAGCGUUCUUCCUCUCCUUUUCGGAUUCAUGUAUCGCGUCGUCGCCAUCCACUGCUCCCGCAGCGGUUUGGCCGGUCAUCGGGAUGCUUCUAUGUCUGCUUAACCCCGUCUUUCUUUUUCAGCAUGCGUGGCUACCAGUCCUUUUCCUGGUCGUGGCUUGUUCGGCUCUCCUCGAGCUUCUCUUUCUAUCUCAGAGUCUGCGACACUACCCGGCGUCCGAGACCAUCCCCAUAAUGAAUGCGACCCUCACGGUCUUCAUGGGUCUAGGUGGUGUGAUCAUCUUCAACGAGCCGCCGUUAAAUCCACUAGGGUGGGCAGCGGGACUUGCGAGCCUCGUGCUUGGCGUUGUCGUUCUCGGGUUUGGCGGGAAAAUGUGGAAAUACGUGCACUCGACGGUGUGGGCCGGGCGGCGGGUCUGGGUGGCGAGUCGCCGGCCUCCCGGGCCCUUAACCCCGGGGACUCCACGGACAGGCCUGUCUUUGAGCAGACAGGCAUCAAUGGCCCGAUUUGAGGCGGCAGACCCUCGCCACUUUUCCGAGAUUGGCCUGGGGACCACUGCUCCGGAGGAGUGUUUCGACCCAGGGCCGUGGCGGCACGGUGUCGGAUGGGGGGAAGCCCCUGUCGCACGCUGGUUUCGUUUUGGUAGUGCAAACAUGGCGGCAGGGAUCGUUUCCGGAGAGAGGCAGAGACGAUAUAGGGGGGAACACAGACUGCAAGGAGAGAGAGUGGCGAAAAACGAUGAGAGAGGUGGAGAGGGCGGUACACAAAGCAAGCCAUUGUUUGGCGGACUGCUUGCGUGGCUCACGAAGAGCCAAGCCGGCCAAGAAACCUCGAGUCUACAAACAGCGACGCGUAGGGGGUCGGAAGCCGGCGGAUUGCGGGGAAUAUCAGAUUUCCAGGCCGUUGUCGAAGAUGGCGAGGGAUGGGGAAGAAGAGGACGCACUCCCCACUCAAGACGAAACUCUGUGCAGAACCCACUUCUCCUACGCUCUGAGCAGGAACUGACGCGAUUAUAAUGGUCAAAAUGCAGUCGUCGAUGUGGCUAAUUGGCGCUGUCCAGACCAGGCUUCAACGCUGAUAAAGGUGGACCUCUGAUAGGCCACUGGCCCACCUUCCUAUUCUUCAAUGCUCCUCGGCGUUCACAGGUUUUCCUACGCAAGUUGCGCGCGCUCCAUGCGGGUUUGUCCAUCUCGAGCCUUUUGCAGUGUGUCUCGGCAACGCUCAAAGAAACAGCAUUUGAAGCUGGUCAGCCAUGCUUUCCGCAUGGUUCAGCCCAGAGAAAACGAGUAGCCCAUUGUGCAUGAUCUGCUGUACAUGCAUAGGAAGUAUGUAUUCUAGUCCCUAUAUUCUUGUUCUGUGUACCGUACUGUCAUCUGUGAGUGCGUACAUACAUCCUAGUUUAAAGACGUGUGGAGCAACCAUGUGGAAAACCAGGCACAAUGCGUACGUCUGUACGUACAUCAGCAUUUGUGGACGGGAGAAAAGUAAAAUGUGAUUGUUUGUCCGCUUUACCGCAAUUAAUUAUCGCUGGAGUACCCUCUGUUGAGAGGACACGGUUACGGCGACCGCGGCACUCCAGGUGUUAAUCGUAGCGAGUUUCCGAUUUAGACGUUUCAUUCGUGCUGAGAGCGGAAACUAUUUCGUCGGCGUUCACUGCGGCGUGUGUCCAUCUCGCCGGACAGACUGACAAGCUAUACUAGCCGAAGCGGCUUCAUUCGGACUCGGAUCUUGUCAAUUUUACGCCUUUCGUGUGCUGCUGAAGCUGUAUUACAACUGCACAACAAACGCGUCAGCGAAACGUUUUUCUCGAAGCCCAGCAUUAACAAACAACGCCAACACCUUGCCGUAUUCUACACCAGGUCACGGAAGCAGCUGAUUCCAAGUCUUCGAUCGUUGGAGCAGAAAGAGUGACUCUGCAAUGCAACUGCAGUUCCUACUGUCCGUUUGGAGAGGUGGUAGCGGGAAGUUCAACAUGCGUGUGUGUUCAGGAUCAUGGUGUGUAGUUUUAUGUGUACGCACUCGCUGCUGCAAAAAGCCUGAAACAACACAUCUAAGUGAAUAUCCUUUCUUCUCGAAGGAUUUGAGCGAAGUUACAUUAUGGUCCCUCUCGCUCAGUACGCGGUACGUUUUGCAAGGAGACAGCGCUUUGAAAACAAGGGCAUGUGUUCGGACAAAAACAGCAUGCCCGUCCCGGGAAAUGAGUUCCGUGGUGCUGGAAAAGAAAUCGCGAACCUCGCUCACAAAAAAAAACGACGCCGCAGUGUAGCCGCGUCUGGACGUGACGUUCGCCAGUAUACUGAAUGUUCAACAAGACUCUCAACUGUGUCCAACUGUCGCAUACAGGAUGGUUAACCAGACGACCCUUAUCUACCACACGAACACGACUCUCGAAUGCACAAUACACCGUUGCCCCGAAAAUCGGCGCCGUGCCACGAGUACAGCAGUGGUCAGCCUAGCUUCAAGUUGUUUCCAGCCUGCAUUGAAACGUAGUUGAACCCCAUUAACAACAUGGGCGUUCUUUACUUUUUACAUGCAUUACAAUACUGUGACAGAACACCAAGCUUUGCCGGAGCACGUGAUCAAAAACGGCAACGCUUCUCAAUGAUCGACAGAGCAUUAUUACUAUGACACUUCUGCCCGAGACAUAACGUCGGGACCUAGUUCCCCGGCGAGUAACUUGCACGCCAGGAGACCACCUUCAUGAAGGACAAUAAUAUACAGAGAUGUAUUCACCUGGUGAUCCUGCAUGGUUCCACAUUGCCAUUGGGCCUGGACGGCUCUGAUGUGGCACAAAUAAAGAGAUCCGCCUGUCACAUUUCCGCCAAUCGUGAAACGCAUACACAAACCAAAUAUAUGCCAUUACUUUUCCAUCAUAUACAUUGAAGAUGCUCAUUACCUGCAAAAUUUGCCGGGGGGUUCUCCAGUCGCCGUGCGCUCCCUAGCUCUCUCUUUGCAAGUUCGUUCUAUGUAGAGGUUUUAAAGCCCGUCGGGUAUCCGGCCACAUAAACAAACAGUGAGAUGCUUUUUGCCUGCUUCUAGGUUGUCCCUCUCACACCUGGAACAAUCCGCUCUGAGCGAUUCCCCGGAGCUUCGGUCACAGACUCGUUCGGAACCACCGAACCUACGGGGGUGCGCCGUCUGAACGGAACGGGCAUUGUGAAGGUGAGGAUGGACGUCCUUCUCGGACGGAAAAAAGAGUAAACGUGGAUGAAGAACCGUCUCCUUGUCGACGGAUCCAUAAAGUGCAGAGUUAAAAUAGGGUAAGGGGAGUCAGCUCGAAAAAGUGGCUCGAUCUUCAAGGCAGGGUGCCCGGAGUAAACUGCUGACAGCUGGGACGCUCGGCUGGCCGCGAAUCCCCCUCGCCUUCCAUUUCCAUCUCUCCGAUCCUUAUGUUGAAUCCCAGAACCCUCUCCGUCGCUUAUUUCCCAGUCCGGAACGUGAAAGCUUGGUACGAUAAAGGUGAACAAGCACAUGGUUACUGAAGCGGUAUUUUACUCCAUCUGCGACGGUGAGAGAAAGGCACUGGUUGUGCGGCGGCGAACAACGUUACGGGAACCUGCCACAAGAGUUUUCUUUCUUGGCGGCUCCUACCAGGCUCGAGGAGACGCCAGAUAACUGCUACCAGAGACGUCAGUAAAUUCUUAUUCGUAUCUCUCCGAAGAGAUGGACAAAACUCCGCUGAAAACAGCAGUUUCCGUGCGGGAUUUGGCUAUAACAUGACAAGCCAUGUAUACCACCCGCCUCGAGGUUCGAACGCGUCUGUAAGGGUGCAGACCUUGACAACCUCCACGUAAAAGUGAUGACAGAUGGAGAGAAGAGGGUUCCUAAACGGGCCUGCGUUGCACAACUCGAGUUUUUCUGACUAUGCGCCUCAACUCCGCAAUCAACCAGCCACUCUGUAAAGAACCGAAUGCGC